CUCCCUCCGGCCUCGGCUCCGGCGCAAGUUGCAAUAACCCGGCACAGCAAGCCCCACUAUUAGCCGCUAGAGGUACCUAGCAGUGCCGAGGCCGGUCCAUCCGCGCGGCGGGGGGGUCCGUCACAUCACUCAGCAUCUGUCAUCGAUACUGGAACCCCGCGGAAAACGGGGGACACGGCGCAUUCUCACUCAUCAGUUAUCACCACCAACAACAACCUCCGACUUACCUUAAUAAACUCAACUCUCUUCUAAUAUCUCGCAAGCAACGAGCGAAUCUCACUCCAAAAACAACUUCCAAAUCAUCGUACCCUUCUAAAUAACCACCAACAUGUUCACCGGCAUAGUCGAAGAAAUCGGAGAGGUGACAACCUACACCCCCAACGACCCCCUUUCCAAAAACGGCACAACCCUCACCAUCACCCUCCUCCCCUCUUCUUCUUCCUCCUCUUCUUCUUCUGGUCUGCUCUCCGACUGCCACCUAGGCGACUCCAUCGCCGUCAACGGCGUCUGCCUCACCGUCACCUCCUUCACCCUGACCCCCUCGGCCUCCUUCACCGUCGGCAUCGCCCCCGAGACGCUCCGGCUCACCAACCUCGGCUCCCUCCGUUCCGGAUCGCGCGUGAACCUGGAGAGGGCCGUGCGCGCCGACACCCGCAUGGGCGGCCACUUUGUUCAGGGCCACGUCGACACGGUAGCGGAGAUCAUCAAGAUCACGCCCGAUGGGGAGGCGUUGACGUUCCGGUUCAGACCUAAAAACAAGGAGGUGUUGCGGUAUGUGGUGUACAAGGGGUUUAUUGCGCUGGAUGGAACGAGUUUGACGGUGACGGCGGUGAAUGAUGAGGAGGAGUGGUGGGAGGUGAUGUUGAUUGCGUACACGCAGGAACGGGUGGUGGUGGCAGGAAAAAAAGUGGGCGAGACGGUGAAUGUGGAGGUGGAUAUGACGGCCAAGUAUGUGGAGAAGAGUUUGAGGGGGUAUUUGGAGGGGUUGUUGGGGUCUGGCAGUGCUGGGGAACAGGGCCAGGGGGAAGAAAAGAAGAAGGGGAGGGGGUUGUUGGAGAAGGUUGUUGAGGGAAUUGUGAAGCAGGGGUUUUCUUGAGGUGACCGAAAGUGAGGGUGGAUACGAAUGACAGCGGUUUCAAUAAGGAAGGGGAAAAACCAAAAAUUGAGAUGAGUAUGAUACCAUUCGUGACAUGUACUAGACAUAAGCUCGUGUCCAGGACUUUUGCUAUACAAGACAAUUAUUCAAACAAGGCUCCUUGGCCUCUUCUCACAGAAAACCCCAAACAUCCGCAAUCCUCUCACUCAGUCCCUUAUCUACAUUCCUCCGAUCCACAAGGUGCGAAAGCAUACUCAUCACCAAAACCUUCUGCUUCUUUUUCCCAUUCUCGUCACUCCCGCAAGCCUCGAACGCCUUGACCAGCUGAUACGGCGUCUUCCACACCUUUUGAAUCUCAAUCGCCUUUUCUCCCGACAGCCUCCUGAUACACAUCAACAUCUUGAUAAACACAUCCUUCAGCGUCAUCAUCUCCGACUUGGAAACCAGCGAUGCAAAUGCCGGAUAACUGAUAUAGUACCCCCUGGACGGCUCUUUCUCCCGCAAAUGCUUCACCAGCGGCAAGUAAUUCUUGGCCGUCAGGACCUGAGUUGGAAUGACAAACAGCGGCUUGCUCUCGUAUAUCUCCUUGAGCAUAUACGUCACCGCCGCCAAGUACCGGAUCGACUCGGCAAUCGUGUCUGUCUUCUUCAGGAAAUAACCGUUGACGACCUGGAUCGACGCCAUGGCCGUGUCCAUUGCGUCCUGGUACUGGCGUCGGAUAUCCAUGUCGAUGUUGUAGUUCUCGAUAAUGUAGACAACAUUCUUCAUGCCCGAUCGCUUCAACCGGUACUUUUGCUCGCGGAAGCGCCCGUCCUUGAUGCUCCCAAUAAGAUCAUCCAGGCGUUUGCGCUCGACAAUGUAAUCCAGGACGACCUCGUCACCUUCGGCGCCUAGCCUGUUAAGCCAGCCCGGUUGCUUGCACUUGGCUAUCCAGAGGACGUCGCCGAGCUCGAGACUCCGCAUGACGGGUCG